AUGGAGGAGCUACUUAUGACGAUAGUGAAGGAAGCCACUGGAAGCAAGCUUCAAAAUUUAAAACAGGCCGCUCAAAUUGCACAAGAAAAAUUAUCAAGACAGCACGGCUUAAAUCGGGAUCAUUCCUAUGAACUGCGGUCAGUUUGCUUUACAGCGCUGCAGAUGGCACUGGAAACGAAACGUCCAAAAUUUGUCACAUAUGGCUUAAAUGGUCUACAUCGUAUCAUUCGCGAUGAACGUUUCUUUGCUGGGCUCGAGCCAGAAGAUGAUUCAUUGUGGCUGCCGGCACAACUGUUGAGGUCCACCUCUUGUCUAUCGACCACUGCGAACGAAGACACUGUUGUCAAUGUAUUGCGACUUAUUCUAGCUAUGGCGUGCUCACCAACGUGCACCUUGAACGGUCGUCUGCUAAUAGAAGUCCUAUCAAAGUGCGGUGAAUGCUGGGAAAAUGGUUCUCGGGCGGUAAAAGCUGCCUCGUUGGCGGCCGGGAGUCAAUGUUUGCGAACGUUCUGUGCAUUUUUGAAAGACGAGGCAGAAGAAAUCAUAAGACUUGAUCCAACCGGUAUCAUUAGCAUGAGCAUGGCUGCAGCAGUUUACAACGAGGUAAUUCCUGUUAUGCAGUGGUUGUGCAGCCGGCUUGUAGAGCCUUCUACAGGCAAUCCUAAGGCCAUAGAGACAGGAAGCAGCUCUCUAUAUUUAAUGGAGUGUAUACUGACAUUGGUAGUAUCACUUCCGUCGGACGUACACGCCAAUCCCCACUUCACUGCAUUUCUUUGGCAAAAAUUCUGCCCCACGCUUGCCGCAACUAUGGGUUCGCCGGGAAGGGUUAAUAAAAGUAAAAAGUUUACGUACCGUGAUGCAAUAAAUUUGAUCGAGAGUGAAAAUCGAGGAUUCUUUACACGCCCUGGACUCGAUGGGCUACAGGCACGGUGCAUAUAUCUGACCAGUAUCCAGUUGCUGCGAAUAGCAGGUGCCCAAGGAAGUCUUCGGCCAAUGCUCGAGGCCUUGUUCCACCGGAUGCUUUUACUGCCCGUUCCAAGCAAUCGUGUUGAACCGUUGCGCUACGCGCGGGAAAUAUUCAAAUCGCCCGAACGCUUAAUCGACCUUGCCAUCAUUCUGUAUCCCGACAAGACGCAAAGCAGUAGCGACGACAUGGCACUGUUUCGAUUGGUAAUCGAUGCUAUGGAGGAGUGUGCCGUCGCAUGGCACAAUGGGAGUACAUCCGUGUAUGGUGCUCUUAGCUCGAGCGUUGAAUGCAUUGUUGCAUUGCUCGAAAGUCUCAAGAUGCUAUCAUCUGGAAACUUUGACGAAUCGCUGAUCGAUGAUCGCAUCGCAGAAGCAGUCAACCUACGUUACUCGCAGCUAGCCGAUGCGGACUAUAGUGGACCGCUUACAUAUCAGUCAAUGGCCCGGUUACCUCCUCUUUAUCGCGAUGCUGUUGCUGAGCUGCGGCAGAUCGAGUCUUCCUCCGAUUCCGAUAUAGACGCCGAGCAGACCUUGGACCCAGAUGUAGGAUCUAUCGGUUCGGGCGACACAGAGGGCCCGGAAGAUGAAACACCCUCUUCUGGCGAUGAUGUUUCGUCAAGAACGAGCCAAGGCAACUGGUUGUGGUCACAUGUGGAAGAUUCAUUCGGUGCCCGAUCGGACGGGGACUAUGAUAGGCAUCAUGCUCGCGAGUUUGCUGUGAUCUUGACGAACGUGCUCGUGCCGAGCUUGAUGAAACUUAAAUCGUCGAUCGAGGUGGACGAAGCACUGCAAGAGUUUGCCUCAAAAGUGUGUGGGCAAAAUUGUGUCACACGGCUCGAUAGUGAGUACGGCCCAACAAUGCUCAAUGCGGAUGGUAUCUAUCUUGCAACCUUUUCGGCACUACUGCUCGCGCUACAACUCAUGAACAGCGGCCACUACGUGGGUGAUACAAGCAAGCAAAUAGCAAUACCAUUGUCUGAACAGCAGUUUGUUAUGUCGGUCCAAAACUCGGGUAUUCUCGUUUACCAGUCAUCUGCUUGGCUGCGAGAACUCUACCAGUGUAUUCUGGCGAAUAACCCGCUCAGCUCGCUGCCAACAUCGCAGCACUGUGCCUUGAUCGACAUGCUGCACGAUGCGGGAGGCGUGGGGCCGACUCAGAUGCUAUCCGACUGGUUACGUCUCCAGUCAGUGGUGCGGAUACCUAACGAGCUGACCCCCAAGCAACAGGCGGCCAAAAAGAUAGCACGCCGGUUGCUGACAUGCUGUUGGGACUCGAUGGUAGCGGUGCUUGCCGCUGGACUUGGAGACGCAAGCGGUUCGCAUAAGGCACGCCUUUUGAAGCUGUCGAAGAAAACGCUGCGCGUCAAGAAGAAGGAACUCCGGGGAUCCGGCGAGACACUGUAUGCGCUCAGCCUGGACGGCCUACAAACGGCUGCUACCCUUAGUAAUGUGCUGAAAUUGCAACACUUGGCGGGUAAAAUUAUCAACUUGAUCGCAUCGAAUGUGUGUCAGAAUGCGGGACCCAAAAUUCCUGCAAGUCAUGCGUUAUCGAUGGAUGUGGUGCUCUCGGGUGCUCUAGAACUUGGUUCUCAUAGUGCCGACUGCUGGUUGCCCGUAUUUUCCGUUUGCCGUCACGUCACCCAACUGGAGCAUGACCUUUUCAGCUCGCAAAGCAGUGCUCAAUCCGUUGGUAAUACGAGUGGUGCAGCGCAGUUUAAAGAUGUAGCGGAAGCGGCAUCUAAAAGUGAUAGCAGAGCAAGUAAACUAAACUUUUCCCUGUACUCCGUAGAUGAUGACGAAACCUGCAUCGACGUGUACAGUUUUUUGCAGGCACCGAGUGCAAACUCGAAUAUCAAUGUUAGCAGCAUCCUUAAGGCCUAUACUGCCAACGACGCGGUGCACCUGACUCAAGCGGACACAGCAAAGAUGCUAUGUGCACUGUCACAUCAAGCUGACAUCUUAUUUUCCGAAGCAGCGGAACGACUCAGUCUGCCAGCGAUCCAACAGUUCCUCAAAAACCUGUGUCGGGCGUCGCGGGAGCAGUUGUACAAAAGCUCCAACUCCGUGAAGCGGGGUAAAAAAUCUUGGUGGUUGGGCAGGCCUUGGAAAAUGAAGAACGAUUCCUUACCGUUGUCGCUGCUUCUUCACCGGAUCGGCGACGUUACGCUGAAGGUAUUCCGUGGACCACGACCGCUGCUACACGUGCUUAAAGUAUGGGCCAUCACCGGUCCGCAUCUUAUGGAUGCCGCCUGUCACAAGGAUCGCAGUAUCUCAAAGCGUGCGAUAGAGUACAUCCACGAUAUCAUUACCGCCCUGCUAGUGGAGCAAACGGAGUUGCCCCAUUUUCACUUUAACGAAGCGCUACUGAAACCGUUUGAAAAUCUGUUAAGCGUCGGCAAGUGCGACAGCGACGUACAGGAUCAGAUCGUCGCUUGCUUGUACGAGAUUGUUGAAGCGCAUCGUACCGAAAUACGGUCAGGCUGGAGGCCACUCUUCGGUACAUUACGAACCGCACGCAACCGUCCGGUUCAUCUGGCGAACGUGAUCGAUAUCUUUCGUGUGUUUCUCGAGACAGACAAUAUGCUCGUGUUCGCGAAUGCCGGACUCGACUGUAUUCUGUGUCUGCUUUCUUACUUGGAAAUCUCUGGCAGUGGUUCUAUGUUGGGAGAACAGGCACCGACUGAUGACGUCAGUGUAACGAUGCGCUCUGGCGACUUCUUGCAUGAUUCGCUCAAGUUUCUGGAGCGGUGUGCAACGAUUCUUGACUUUAUGUACAACAUGCCCCAGUGCCCCAGCCUACACUCCACGUAUAAGAUCAAGGGCAUCACCUAUACCCACAUCAUCGACGCGAACAUACCGAGCUCGAUGGAGAAUCUGACUUUCGGGCAGGACUAUUUGCAUGCGAAUAACGAACAGUGCAUGAUCAGCUACCGGUCGCUGCACAUAGACAAGGAGUCUAUCUGUAAAAUCGACGAGCUAGACAAACCGAGCGGAGUGCUUAAGGUAUGGUUUUUGUUGCUCGACGGGCUCACAAAUUCGCUGAUUGUCUGCCCGAUCGCGCACCAGUCGUCAAUACUGCAGUCAAUCUUCAAAAUAUUCAAAUCGCUCCUGCAAAGCCCGGGGAUGGUAUUUGGUUUCUACUGCAUCAAUCACCUGCUGAUUCCGAUGAUCCAGGAUUGGCUACGUUACGUGAACAAGGCGCAAAAGAGUUGGGUGCUGAUUGAGAAAAAUUUCAAGCACUGCUGCUGUAUGACGACUGACCUGGUGGUAGACUUUAUAAACAAGUCGCAUGGCAGUGAAUCGUUGCCUGCCGAGCGUAUCGUGAUCGGCAAGGAGUCGUUGUCGCCAGCUGGUGGAAAUCUAAUGAAGCAGUCAAAAGGGGAAAGGCCAUCGACGAGCAUCAAGUAUUCCAAAUCUACCAUCACUGGUGCGCAAGAGCAAGGUGAAGGAAGAAACGUAACAAUGACGAAGCUGGCUGCUUCCAGUACAUUGGCCCUCAAGCAACUAUUGCUGGUGCUCAUCGAGUGUUCUGCGCAAUCACAGGAAACGAUCGCACGUGUCGCCGUCUCUUGCAUGAAACACAUAAUCUUUUCUGCUGGUUAUCUGUUCGACGAGGAGCAGUGGGUCAUAAUCGCAUCGGCUAUCCACCGGGCGAGCACUGUCUCGAUGGCACCGCUGAAGCAACUGAUUUUUGCAUUUAACCGCAAUUCGAACAGCUUUUACGGAGAUUGCGCGAACGUAAAGGUGGCAGCUCGGCGCGACAGCACAGCUGACGAGCUCCAGCGUAUCCACUCUCUAGCGCAACAGGUAUUUCUAAUGGACAGCCAACGGGAGUCAGUCGGUUUGCGUAUUUCCAGUGCAGCUGGGCUUCAAGAGGACCGAUCGUACUCUUUUCUGUUGCAUCCACUGCUAUGCGGAACGGAAGUCAACCGAUCGACGCAAGCUUCGACUAACAGUCUGGGAUAUCAAGGGCAACCGGCCGCCCAUAGCAAUGUCGACUGUUAUAUUAUUCGUAUUCCCUACCGAAACUUGAUUGUUGGUAUGCUCACCAGUCAGAUGCUGCUACAGCUGAUUGCGAAUGUUCUACUAAGUGGUCUCUCGAACGUUCCGAGUGAGCUUAACACAUGCUUCUACAACAACAGCAACACCGAAACUGUGACCAGCUCCAACAGUGGUGCCCGCAUGCCGGCCAGUGAAAAAGUUUCGAAGGUCCCCUAUUUGCAUCUCGGACAGAACAGUAAGGAAAUUCUACUUCGAGCAUUGCGCCAGUUUUUGACCAGUUCCAUUGAGUUCGACACUCGCCCCGGUUUAAAGUUUCUGAUCCAGAAAGUGUCCGGUAUCGAGUACGCAGCUAAUCUGUACAAGCAGAUGAACUCGUCGUGGAUUAUACAUUACAUGGUACUAGUUGAUACGUAUCUGAACAAUGUUCGUGUGUUGAAGUUAGAUAUUAAAGAUGUUCAAUGCGUGCUCAGCAAUUGCUGCGAGCAAUAUCCUUCGGGCAAGUGUACCGAGAGCUGUGUGCAAUAUUUGCUGGCGUUGCGCGACCUGUGGGAGCUUAUUGCCGACCAUUUCAUACAUCAUCUGGAGAGCGAUGCUAAUGGGAAGAUGAACGAGCACAUUAGUAAUGGUGUCGAAGAGAGCCCGCACAGUGCGAGUAAUGAUGUCGUAAACGCUAAUAGCCGCCAAUGCUUACAGCAGCAUACGGGUAUCACUUCACAGCAUGAAUGUUCCAAGCUGUUGAACUGCAAAGGGCACAGCAGUAGUCGAACAAUUACUGCCGAAGAAGAGUGUGUCGUCCAAACGUUGCCAAAGGCAGACAAGUGUGAGCUAAGUGCGAACCAAUCGCACAUUUUUCAUAUGCAACAUCAGCCGUACAGCGAGCACCAACCUGAGCAACUAAAAGAGUUCAUGUCCGUGUAUCAGCACCAGCUGUUGAAGCACGAGAAUCACCAUCCAAAAACACAACAACAGAUGAUCACCGAUGCUGGACAGCAACAGAAGUCGCAACAAUCAGCGGCUGAUAAACAACUGCUUCCGUUGGCCACCGAAAGCGGCCAUCAGAAAACAUCGAUCCCGGUCGAAAUUGAGGAACAACGCGCACACAGCAUCCAGAAAGAUGUGUAUUACAAAACCUCUGCCUUAAGACAGCUGAUUGUAGCUUCGAUUGAAUUGAUCAAAUUGCUCCCUGAGGAGCAGUCGGAAUAUUUACAACUUUUGUUAACUCCUAGAAUUCAAGAGGCGUUUCGGUAUGUUGAAGAUAAGUAACAAUCCAUCGCUUGGAACGUGCCGCAUCAACAAUCCAGAGUGCUCUGACCGGGAACCGGUAAACAUGUAGACCCAAAAAGUCAACUACUUACCGUCAGCGAAGUUUCGGAUUCACGUGGAAUAGUGACCACGCAAAAAUUAAUCACUUACAGUAAAAACAAUUGCAUUAAUCGGCCACCUUGACCAGCCGCUCUAGCUUAUCACAAAAACUAAGGCGUAAUUGUGCAACCAUACAUGCUAAGGGACACACAUUUCAGAGGCACAAUCGACUCAUAAGUCGCGACUUGGCGAUCCCUGCUUUUGCAUAUGUGUUCAACAUGUAAAUGUUUAAAAGUAUUUAAUGCGACACUACUGUAUACAUCAAACUACAUAGCUGUACGAACCCAAAACUAUGGUUUGUAAUUAAAUAUAUUUCUCAUAAAUGUGCAACCUAAAAAUCUAGCAAAACGCUGAACCGAAAUAUACGACGUGCUAUAGCUGGGCUAAUUAGAGAGCCGGGCAUAGGAAAACAGUCAAUGCGCCUGAGCAUAAAACGAAAUCAAUUGGUUGAAGAAAAUCA